GCUGAGUCCACGCAGGCGGCCCACGUUGCCUUCGCUUUAUACUUGAACCCCGUCGCGCCUCCCAGUUCCGCUCCUCUCCACCCCAGCUGGACCCCACAUCCACUCACCAUGGCGGACGAAACUCCCCCCAACGAUACGCCGAUGCCUGAUGCCAUGUCCGACGCCGACAAGAUUCGCGCAAAGAGGCUUGCAAAGCUCGGAGGCCCUGCUCCCGCGAGUGCAUCUUCAAACCCGACCUCUACGCCGCCCACAGCUCCCGCCUCGAGCAGCUCAACGCCUCCGCCUGUACAGAAACAGCCUCCGCCCGCCGCGCAGCCCCCGACGGCGUCAAACCCCUUUGCUCAGCUCGGAAUGAAGGCGGAAGAGAAGCCUACAAACGUACCGAAAAUAAACAUCAGACCAAAACCUGCCGAGCCACCCAUCGCUCGCAGUGUAACGCCGAAGGGCCAAGAAGUCAGCCUGGAUGCCUGGACAGACCGCACCAUCGGCCAAACUUUCCGGAUAACGCUCGAUCCAGAACGUACAAAGGACGUACAUGGUCACCGAUUAUUCUUCGUAUCAGGUGUCCGCGCUGACCUGGAGGAGUCGGACAGUCCGAUUCAGUUCAAUCUCGAGCUGCUGGACAGUGCCAUUAUCGAGUCGGCACAGAGCGCUUCUGAGGGCAACGCGUUACGCUACCUGUUGGGAUGCUGGAAGCGCAUCUGUAGACUGCUGCGUGGGAUGCACAACCGGGAAGAUCCCAAAUACAAGAUCGCUCAAGAAUGUCGACGGCUGUGCUUUAACUACUGCAUUUUCGCCGCUACGAUGCCCGACGUGAUGUUCAACGAGGAACCUCCUACAGUCAAUCCAUUGGCGGAGCAUUUGCUUGUGGACCCGGAGAACGAUGGCGGGAUCUGCCAUGAUUUCCUCAAUGAGGCUGUCUCGCGGUUCGAAGACGACGACAGCGUCAAGGAUUUGCUAGUCGGAGCUAUCGAAGAACUCAGUCGGAGAUUGUCCAAGAUGACCAUGAAUGACGAUUACCGGCCGUACAUGCUGACGAUGCGCAACUUUGUUCGCUAUAAUCCGCUGCUCGUUGCCAUGGCGCAAUCUGAUUUCUUCUUACCGGCCGAAAUAGAAGCGCCGCAUAUCGAGAGGAUAAGUCUCCUCGGACCGUUCUUCAGCAUCUCGCCUCUUCAGGGUGACGUGGCGCUGAAUUAUUUCUCAAGCCCAACCACACGGGACAAGGGGUACAUCAACAACUCGCAGCGGUCACUCCGACUAGCAUUGCAGACACACCAAGACGAACUUUUCGACAUUGCGAAUUGUUUCAUUAAGACCAAAGAAUCACGGGAGAAGAUCCUCGACUGGUUCGCUCUGAUAUUGAACAAGAACCACAAGCGACGUGCUAUUCGCGCGGACCCGAAGCUCACUGCCUCGGAUGCUUUUAUGGUGAACAUAACUGUCAUACUUGACCGGCUAUGCGAGCCAUUCAUGGACGCAACCUUUUCCAAAGUGGAUAGGAUCGACAUCAACUAUUUGCGUCGGUCUCCGCGAGUCGACAUCAAGGAGGAGACCAAGAUCAAUGCUGACCAGCAAGAAUCUGACGCCUUUUACGAGAAUAAGGUUGAUGGAACCAACAAUUUCAUCACCGAAGUUUUCUUCUUGACGGUUGCGUCGCAUCACUACGGAUUGGAGGCGGCGAACAUGAAACUGUCCGAGCUGCAAAAGGAUCUUAAGUAUCUCGAAAAGCAGCUCGCACAGAUGGAGACCGAGAGGCACAAAUACAUCUCCAACGCGAUGCAGCUCUCUAUUUUCGAAGCCCACCUUAAACGGAUGAAAGAUCGCAUCGAGAAGGGUCACUGUGCCGUAUUCGCAACUCAGGGUGUACUGGGUGACGAUACUCUCCAGGCGCGAUCAAUGCAGUUCAUGCGAUACGUCAUCGUCUGGAUCCUCCGUAUGGUAUCGCCUGGUACCAAGUAUCCCCAAGGCACCGUCCAGCUCCCACUACCACAGGAGCAGCCCGAAUACUUCAAGUGCCUGCCUGAAUAUUUUAUCGAAAACAUCGGCGAUAAUUUCAAAUACAUCACCCACCACAUGCCUCACAUCAUCACGUCCACCCAGUCGGAAGAAUUGAUGAUCUACUGCAUCACGUUUCUGCGGAACUCGGAAUACAUUCGCAAUCCUGGCCUAAAAUCUCAGCUUGUACGCAUCCUGUUCAAUGGUAUCUUCCAGGUUCCAGGCAGAUCCAAAGGCGUGCUCGGGGAUGCAUUGUUUGCACACAAAUUCGCGACGAAGCACUUGCUUCACGCGCUGAUGAAGUUCUUCUCGGAGUGUGAACGAGCCUAUGACAAGCUGUCCAUUCGUUACGAAAUAUUCCAGGUGAUCAAGCUCAUCUGGCCCAAUCCCGCCUAUCGAGAGAAUUUGGCGACUGAAGCUCGAGUCAACUUGGACUUCUUUGUGCAGUUCGUUAACCUUCUCCUGAAUGAUGUCACAUUUGUUCUGGAUGAAUCCUUUACGGCUUUCACACAGAUCCACGAUCUCUCCGCUGAGCUCAAGGAUCCACAGCCAGAGGGCGAUGCGACUACUCGCCAGGAAAAGGAGGAUAAGCUUGCAGCUGCGAAAGACAAGGCGAAGAACUACAUGAUGAUAACCAACGAGACUGUGGCCAUGUUGAAGCUUUUCACGGAAACUCUGGGUGACUCUUUCACGAAGAAGGAGGUUGUUGUCCGCCUCGCCCAUAUGCUGGACUACAACCUUGCCCUUCUGGUCGGCCCAAACAAGUCGAAAUUGAAAGUUGAGAACAUGCAGCAGUAUGGGUGGGAUCCCAAGGCCAUGCUUGGGGAUAUUGCCGACGUGUACUUGAACCUGCAAGAGAAGAAAACCUUCAUCGAUGCUGUCGCCACCGACGAACGAUCUUACCGCGCUGAGUACUGGGAGACCGCUGAGACCAUUCUCAAGCGCUUUGCACUCAAGUCCCCAGAGCAAUUGACUGAGUGGGGUCAGCUCGCCGACACCAUCAAAAAGACAAAGAACGAGAUUGAUGCCGAAGAUGCGGACCUCGGCGAGAUUCCUGAUGAAUACACUGAUCCAUUGAUGGCGACUUUGAUGGACGAUCCUGUCAUACUUCCACGAAGUCGGCAAACGGUGGAUCGCACCACGGUUCGCGGCAUGUUGCUAAGCGAUCCUAUUGAUCCUUUCAACCGUACCCCAUUGACGAUCGAAGAAGUGAUACCCAAUGACGCGCUUAGGGAGGAGAUACAGGCAUGGAAGGCGGCGCGACUGGCUGAAGUGCGGGCACAACGCGCCGCAUCUGUCAGCGGUGCUGAUGCAUCAGCAAUGGAUGAGUCGCAGUGAGCCUUUGUUUGAUAGCGAUAGUCGAGGUUAUUUGCGGCAUGUUAGACGGCAUGCAUUGAAGGCGUUAUGGCGUCAAUGAGACACCCAAGGGAAUUUACAUCUUAGACCAUACGGAAGGGCAUGUACGCUUCGACAUCUUGGGUAGCGGGCUAUGAGAAUAUGACUCGACUUGGGAAGGCUGUUUGCUUUGCCCGACCUUGGACCCUAAUCCCUAUCCAUGAAUACUACACUUGUGUACAAUAUGUU